AUGCCGCCGAAAAAGCGACAAUCGGCAACCGACAAACUGGAGGAGACAGUUCACGGCAUCUUCGUACUCUCCCAGCACCAGAAGAAUGUCAAAAAAUGCGUCAAAGAUUUUAUGAAGAUUUUCAAAGAGAUGCACAACACGCCAAAGCUGGAGGACUUUACAAAUGUGCUCCUCACGUCAAUCAAGCAAGUUCUUAUUUGUGAUCGCAACUCGCCGUUUACCAAGAAAACGCUCGAUUUUAUUGCAACGUGCUUCAAGGAAAUGAUCGCCUAUGAGGAGGAGUUUGAAGAUGAACGAGCGCACCGAAUUGCCGCAGAAGAGGUGCUCAAUAAUCAGCUACAUGAUGAUUCAAUGAACAGUACCCUGGACGAUGACUUGGGCACAACGGCCUUUGAUUUAGACCAAACCAUUAUCAACUCCAAAUACCUGGCUCCAAUUUCUACGGUGGAUCUUUUGUUGAAGAAUGAACUGGUCAAGUUUACCAUUUGCAAAGACCUUAACAUUCGCUACAAUACUCUUUCGCUGUUAAAGAAGACACUGGAGUACUUUAACGAGAUGGACGAGGAGACUUUUGACGUUUUGCGAACUUGGGUCAACGACCGAACGUUUGACAAGGAGAAAACCAUUCGAGCUCUGGCGUGCUUAGGCCUAGAGAAACUCCAAAACUCUGAAAAGAAUGAUGUAGUAAUGAAGGGCCUGAAGUUUCACAUGUUGCGUGAUCCUGACGCUACGGUGCGAAUCUGUGCCCUUAAAACCAUCGAAGUCAACACGGACACUGUCAAAGGCAUGUUCACUGCUACUCGCGACGAGUGUAAUUCAAUUCGAAAGUCAGCCUACUCUAAAAUUGCCCAACAAUCUUCAAUUGUAAAUUUCACGCCGAAAGACCGUAUCACUUUGAUCAUGAAUGGCCUUAACGAGCGAGUGGACAACGUGAGGGAGGUGUUCUUGACCCAGCUAAUUCCCAACUGGAUUAAAGGCCUCGACAAUGGCAUAAUCGGCUUUCUGGACAAUCUCGACAUCAAGCGGAACCUCCCACUUGCUCGGCAGUUCCUCACCACUUACUUUACCCACUUGAAGAAGACCGCCAUUGGCAAUGACAUGUCACAGCUGCACCAAGUGGUGUUUGACUUUCAGGAGAAGAACCUGGACGAGCACAGGCUGUUCACCAAAUGCCCUCUCACGGAGGAGAGUGCCUUCCUGUGGUUCAACUUGUGCGAGUUUUGUCAGAAGAGUAAUAUCACCUACAAAGUGGAAACCAAAGAAACCAACGCCGAAACCGGCGAAGAAGUCACUAACUGUGAGUUGUUUGAUUUGGUCGACAAAAUUCUUCCUGAUGUUCCGAUUUACACCAUGUUUGUUGAAAAACUUGCUCAAAAGACUAAAGAGGACGUGUGGCAAAGUGGAGAACGGGCGUCUGCACCACAGUUUAUCUUUGAGCAGCUGCUUAAAAUUGGAAAGCUGUACAAAGUCAAGGAUGAUGCUCAAUGGAAUAGCAUUCUGACUACCUUCAAGCGUAUCAUCAAAGAUGACGACUACUUUGACAUCUUCGACAGCUACAUCGAGCACAUCAUCAGCAUUCUCGGCAACUACUUUGGAAACGAUCACGAGCAGUUUCUGGAUCUCAUCUUCGACCUGAUCAACGCCAUCAACAGCCCUCACCUGGAGGUGGACGAGGAGGAGCUGAAGAGGAAGCUGGAGGAGCACGCCGCUCGCAUUCAUGAUCUCGUCGCGGAGCGGAACAAUGCAGUGCUGGCGGAGGACUCCACGGAGGAGGCGCGCAUCAGUGCAGAGAUUGAGAAGGUGGAGCAGUCGCAGCAGGACCUGAUUGACUCGCAGAGCGCCCUCGACAGCCAGGUGAACAUUCCGCCUCGCAUGGAGACGGAUGACAAGGUCUUUCUCCGCAUCCUCCACAUCUUCUACGGCUUCUUCCAGGCGGGAAAGCUCAAGAAGGACAUUGACCGACUGCCGACGAUGAUCAACAAGUUGAUAUUGCCUGGACUGCAGUCAAGUGACAGCAAGAUUCGCACCCUUUGUGUCAAAAACCUGGGCCUCUACUGUUUGCCGUCGGUCAACUUGAUAAACUUCUUUAUCAAAGUGUUCAUUGAGAUUGUCGACGGUGAACGGUUUGGAGAGACUCGAGUGGAGGCGCUGAAGUUCAUAUUUGACUUUCUAUGCUACCACGGCUUUAAGAACAUCAGUUUCAGCACCAACGACUUUAAGAACACUGAUUUGCACAAGUCAUCUACGUCGUCUGCCUCCUCUCAGAUUGGCGAUGACACGGACAAUCUGCUGGACAUUUGCGACAAUAAGACAUUUGCCUACGUUUUCUCCGAGCUGAUAGAGAAGUUGCUCAUGGAGGGGCCAGAUUUGGAGGGCAGAGAGGAGCUGCAGAGAAGCGCAGAAGACCAUGUAAAACUUCUGCUUUUCGACGUCGCCGCUAAGGGCACCUGCAAAAUCAUGAACUUAGGCCGUUUCUAUUCCGACAAACUGCUGGCUCGCCUCAUUGUCAUUCACCUCACCUUUACCGAUCUCGAGCCCGAGAUGAGGCAGUUUAUCGAAGGAUUUCUACUGGAUUACGCCAAAACCUUUCCCAUGUGCUUGCGAAAGCAGUUUUCAGUGGAAAGCGCCUACGUGGAUGCCUACGAGCCGAGCAUUGAGGUGCUCAUUGACGACUUUGCCGAGGAGAGGGACAGAGAAAAGUGGGCCGACAAGAUGAUCGACUUUUUCAACACUGCCGUCAUGGGCGACCAACUGCCGAACUUGAUGCUGAAAGCCGCCUCAAU